AUGUCGAUCCCACAAUCUCCACCCAUGCGGCGUGCAGCGUUUUUGUUUAUCCCCUUCGCCGGAGUUUUUGCCGGAAUCUUUCCCUCGCCGCCGUCGACGGACGGUGUCUGCUGGUCUGCCGCCCAAGACCCUCCCAGCCCCAAAUCGAUCGGUAUCUCCGCCGCCACCGGCGGCCCAAGAACCGUUCGAAUCUCCGUCACCGACCCCGACGCCACCGACUCCUCCAGCGACGAGGAGGACGAGCUCUUCCGCCGCCAGCGCAUCCGUGACCCUUCCCGUCGGGUCCGCCUCUGGCUCGGGACCUACGACACUGCCGAGGAGGCUGCCAUGGUUUACGAUAGCGCCGCCAUCAAGCUCCGUGGGCCCGACGCCCUCACCAACUUCGUCACACCUUCGCCAGAAAACAAGUCGUCCGGCGCUGCCUCCGGCUACUCCUCCGGCGACGAGUCUUCCCAUAACCGAAACCACCCGUCCCCGACCUCCGUCCUCCGGUUCACAACCACCCGGUCAGGCGAGGACACCGACCAGACGGGACUCAGUAGCCAGUCGAGCGAAUCUCCGGUCAAGGGAGACGAGCCGUGCUCUGGCGAUUUCUUCACGGAGCCGGUGGACGAACCGAGCCGCCGGGACCCAAACAAACCGGCUCGGGAGUUCGAGGAGUGUGAAGGCGAAACGAGCACGGUUCCCGAUUAUAUCAUCGACGACUACCUCCCGAUGGAUGUCCCCUUCUUGGACAAUUUCUUCAACUUCCAACCGCAAGAUGGACCCGUGUUGUUCGACGAUGGGCCAGGCUUUUCCACCUAUCAAGACGAGUUCAAGAUGUGUUUCGACGAUUUCCCGGCCCUCGAAAUCCAAGGCCCGAGCUUUGGGGAUAUCGUUCACGAUUCGUUUCAAGAACUCGGGUCGCUUGGGGUCGAGGAUUACUUCCAAGACACGUGCGAUUUUUCGAGUGUCGAUGCUCUACUAGCUAUGUGA